AUUGCACUUGUCGUUUGAGGGGACCCCUGGCCCUGGGUGUCCAGACCUCUGCAAAUUUGACGCAGAAUUACACUGUUUUGCGAUUCUCUCACUUCAUUUUUAGAAAAGAUUCUCUCACUUCAUUUUUAGAAAACAAGUGGGAGCUGAUGAAAGACUGGAGCUUGGUAUUUCUCCCCUGCCGAUUUCCAGAGUUGUGCUGGGUGUAGAGCUUGUGUGAAUUUGGUUCUAGAAGUAAUAAUGGAAAGCGAGAGUAACAACAACAACAACAACCCAUUUGAUUCAGAUGAGAGCCAAAGUUGUGAGCUUCCAAAUGACAUUGAUUUGUGCUCAGGUGAAGUAGAUAAGAUUAUAGAACUGUCUAAUGGACGCUCACAUUUGAUGGGUAAUCCCAUUGAGCCGUACAUAGGAAUGGAGUUCAAGUCUAGAGACAGUGCUCGAGAGUUUUACAUUGCUUAUGGCAGGCACACUGGGUUUACAGUUAGGAUUCAUCACAACCGUCGUUCGAGGAUGAAUAACAUGGUGAUUGGCCAGGAUUUCGUUUGCUCGAAAGAGGGUUUUCGUGACAAGAAGUAUGUGUACAGGGACAAUAGAGUUCUUCCUCCACCGCCUGUGACAAGAGAAGGUUGUGCUGCAAUGCUGAGGGUAGCUUUAAGAGAUGGGGAAAAGUGGGUUGUUACCAAGUUUGUGAAGGAGCACAAUCACACAUUGAUGUCUCCGAGUAAAGUUCCGUGGCGAGGAUCUGGGAAAACCUUGAUCAAUGAGGAUGAGAAGGAUCGGAAAAUUAGGGAGCUGACCAUUGAACUGAGCAAUGAGAGACAGCGAUGUAAACGUAAGUGUGCAGCAUAUCAAGAUCAAUUGAAUAGGCUUUUGAAAGAUAUCCAAGACCACAGUGAUCACUUGUCAGAAAGAGUUCAAGACAUAGUGAAGAACAUAAGAGAACUAGAGAGCGAGCAAUCUGAGGACUCAGAUUAACAAUGCUACGUGUACAUUGUUGUUGAGGCUUGAUGCAGAUGCCGCUAAUUUUAACAUUAAUUUGUAUUGGCCGAUGAUGUAGAGUUUGAUGAACCCUAGAGGAUAUCGAUGUGCAUUGCCUCCAAUGUAUUGCUUAGCAUAGGGCCCCAAAAGAAUGAACAUUUAUGCCUUUUUAGAAGGCAUCAUUUGUCUGUAAUCUCCUUCAUAAUUUAUGGGAGGCCCCUUCUCAACACAA